AUGACUACCCCACAACUCUCACCACUUCCUUCAGAGCGCCCCAGUAAAAACGCACGAACACCACUGCCUUCUGGGGCAAGCUUACAUCCGAAUGGUCCCAUCAAUAGUGCCUCUUCGAGUACUACUCCCAGACGUCCCGUCAGUGGAUUUUGGAAAUCAGUGAAACAUGCUCCGAAAGCACCUAUUCCAAUUGCGACCACCACUUCAAGAUCCGAAAUCGACUGUCUGAUAGACACUGUUUCGGGAACACCACUCGAGCCUAUUUUGAGAUCCCUCUCGGAUUUCAUCAUUCAGAACCGCGUACAAUACGACGAUCUACUACGACGACAGAAAAAUGCCAUGAAGAAGUACGUUGUCGAGGAGCGCGAGGUCAUGGAAAAGAUGUGCACCGACUGGACUGACGAGGUCGAGAACGACAUAAGACUCUUCAUAGCAACAGAAAUCACAUCUGAUCGGGAUCAGUCAACCAUUCCUAAUUCUGAUUCAAGCUAUCGAAAGGUUGAAACUGCUCAUGCGUUAUCUCCUAGUCCCGUGUUUUCUAUUAAAGUAGAGCCUACAGACACAAUAGACUACCAUCAAGAUUCGUUGCCCGAAUACCGCCCAGUCACGAGAGAUGAAAGAAUUCAAGUCCGAGUAGCCAACUUGCUUCGGAAUUUUCAGCAAAGGUCAUUAAGAUUAAAGAAGUCUGUUAGCCAUAAGUUCUCCCACUUCGCUGCCUUCGACAGGAAAGAGCACGAGAGAAUUACAUACGAACAAGAGCAGAAGCUUCGCAGCCUUAUUGAAGGGUUGAUAAAUCAUCAGAACUCACAAUCAAACAAUGACUUUGCAGCCCAAUCGCCUAUGACCUUGCCAGUGAGAGACAAGAGAAACAUUCGGGGGAGCGUCGAUUUAACAGGCGAUGAGGUCGAUGCGACUAUGGAUGAUGGAAAUACUAAACCGGCUGAACGGGCUAUACGUGGAAACAAGUCCAAGAAACGCAAGGUUUCCGACCGACCUUGA